CCUGAUAUGAACUGCCAUCAUUUCACGGGAACCUUUAUUCCCAGAGUGGAGCAGAUAAGGAGGGACUGAUGCUGAAGCCACCUCUGCAGUAUUCAACAUAAGUUUAGGAUAUUAGUUGCAAUUUAAUUAAUACUAAUUUUAAUACACAGACUCUGGUUUUUGCUUUUCUGUAGUCUUAUUCGUGUUCUGUGUUAAUAGCUUUUAAUCCCUCUUUUUACUUGGCUUUAGUUUAGAGAUGUGUGUUUUGGCUGUCCGUGUGUUUUUGGGGAUUCUGCUGUGCUCGCCGUACCGGUGCUUGGAUUGUCCGUUUGGCUGCGAGUGCUUUGCCGUCACUCGCAUAAUAAAAUGUGUUUCUAAGGACCUGCACGCGGUGCCGCCAAGUAUUCCAGGAUACACAAGGACUGUCAUCGUCACAGGGAAUAGCAUACAUCAGAUUGCACCUGACUCGUUUACAGAGCUGGAGAAUGUCACCAACAUCAUUUUAAGCAAUAAUAGGAUUACAGAGAUGGCGUCCCACAGCUUCUCCGCCCUCAUCAACCUGCGCUUUCUGGACCUUAGUGGGAACCAGCUGGCUCUCAUCCACCCAGAGGCUCUCAGCAUACCUGGCAGUCCCCUGCAGGAGCUCAACCUCAGCUGCUCCCUCUACAACUUCACCGCUCUGACGGACCUGACCACGGCGCUGCGCUGGGGCGGCCUCGGCGGGCUCCUGCGCCUCGACCUGUCCGGGAACCACCUGGCGCUGCUGCCCCCGGGGAUGUUCGCCCACCUCCCCAGUCUGCAGCAGCUCCUCCUCACCAACAACUCUCUGGUGGCCGUGUACAGCGGGACCUUCUCGGGGUUGAACCGUCUGGAGAUGCUGGGCCUGACGCACAACGCCUUCAGGACAUUCAGGGCUGAUGCCCUGCAGGAGCUGGACAGGCUUGGGAACACCCGCAUCCUUCUGGGUAAUAACCCCUACACCUGCUCCUGUGAGGUCCGUGCCUUCGUAACUUGGCUGAAUGAAUCGAGGGCUCAGGUCGACGUGGACGCGGUGAGAUGUGCCUCGCCCAAAUUGCUGAUCAACGCUCAGCUGCGAGGGCUCGGCACCCGGGCCAUCGGCUGCGACGCCGCAGCAGAGGUGCCGGACCUCGGCCUGCAGACGUCCUACGUGUUCCUGGGGCUGGUGCUGGGCUUCGUGGGCAUGGUCUUCCUCUUUGUGCUCUACCUGAACCGCAAGGGAAUGAAGAAAUGGAUCAUUGAAAUGAGAGACGCGUGCCGGGACGUCCUGGAGGGGUAUCACUACAGAUACGAGAUCGACUCGGACCCGCGCCUGGGGCACAUCUCGGCAGGUAACGCGAGGGCGCAAGGACAGAUGGGUUUAACGCGGCCACUGCCGAAGGACGCGCGCGGCGUCCAGGUGCCCGCAGACACACAGGUCAAACAGCUGACGGCCUCCUCCCCUGGGAAUUUAUGCUAAGAAAAUAAAAGUAGUUAUGAUAGAGUAGGUACUGUAACAGGAUUUGAGCUCCCUGUACAUAAACACUUCUAACUUUUAAUAACUUUUGAAGUGCCUUUGUCUUUUCAAGGCACCAAAAGAGCAUUUCUGUAAAUAUCCUGUCUUUACUUGUGAUUUUUUAUCAGAUUUAAAAUGCAUGGGCUGUAUUAAAAGGAAAAAGACAGAACUCAUCUUUAACCCUCUUUAAUAUUAUUGUGGUAUUUGAUAAUACAUGAGCAUUAAUGGCAGCUGAGUGACAUGGACAGUGUUUGUUGACUUAAUAAGCUGUAAGUGAUGGACACUUAGGAAAUCUUAGAAUAGCUUUUACAUUGUUUGCUACAGCACAACAUCAAAUCCUCAACUUGAAUCCAUCAUGUACUACUUAUUGUGCACAUUCUCUAUUAUACUCUCAUAAUCAUGACGCGACACUUGUAUUUACGUGACUUGCAACUAAAAUAAAUUUUGAUGUAUUUGA